AUGGUGACCCCUACUCCAGAGAAGACUCUUGAUGCACUGUUUCCGUUGCCGACGCCGCCUACGGUAGUUGGUUAUGCACCUACCCAUUUUCCCGGUUUCACCUCUGAUUCCGCAAAAUCGCUCGUCAAAUUAUUAAAAGAAAACCAUGAACGCUUCCACAUAUUCUUCAACGAAAAGAAUUUCCAUAACCAUUUGACGCAUCACUUGUACGCUAUUUAUACUUUAGGGUCACCCCCGAAGGUUUUGGAGGCAGCCUUCGAAUCGCAUGCAGUUUACCAGAGAGAAGCAAUCGAACCUCCUAAUGAAAUCACGGAAUCGAACUGGAUUGAACAUUUCGACGAUGAGAGAUACUUCCGAGCAUAUGUCGCAUUUUUCACCAAGGUUAUCAUGAAGUCGAGCGUGGAUGCAGUCCUCGAUAAAUACGUCUUUGCGACGAAUGCAAACUGGGUCAGUAGUAUUACGGAUGACAAGAAGCAGCCUCAAAUGGUCAAUCGGUUGCUAUCCGGUGUCUUGCAUCCAUUCAUUCAUGUAGGAUAUGGAAUCGAGUUUGAUUCACCUGGAAUGGUCGUGGGAGGUUUGGCCAUGGCUUGUGUCCAGAGGGGAACGGACUUCGAUGCUCUCCUACCAAGGUCGCUGUUUGCUGCUGACUCACUCACGUCGCGCCUGUCAUCUGCAUUGACAUUAUCAAAGCCUGCUGGAACUCACUCCUUCACCAUCGUUGCAAAAAUGCUGAAGGACCCCGAGCUUGCACCCGGCUCAGUCUGCACGGUACCCAGAAAGAGGGGUGAGUCCGAAGACGAGAUUGCAUAUAGAAAUGCAGUAAGAGUGUUUCCGAUGAUGGAAGUACUUGGCAAACGAGGGGAGCUCAUCAGGAAGUAUGCCGAGCAAUGGACUGUCAACAUGAAUGACAAAGCGGAAGUGAAAGCCAAAGUCGACGAACUCUCUUUCCUUGUGACCCUCCUGUACGGAGUAGCUGGUCUGCAAGAGGGUAAGGACUUCAAUGCUGAUUUCUUCACCAUGCAUCUUGUCACAUCAUCGCUAUUCCUGCAUGUUUUCAUUGAACAUCUGGCUCCUCACGCCCAGUCAAUCCUUUUACAUUCGUAUCUCGCAUCUGCGCUCGUUGUCUGGGUAUCACGGGGACGCCCGGUGAUUCCGAUUGCGAGUUUCUUCUCGCGCACUUCACCCAACUUAACUGCCCCAGGACCUCACCCCACACCCGAUAAAGAGACGCUUGUGGAAGACGUCCCGACUCCCAACGCCUGGCUCGCUCUUCUUCAAAGCACAAUCUUGCAUCCUAAUGAACACCUUCCAAAGGCUCAACGUGCGCUUGCGCACUUUGCGCAACUGUAUGGCGACCGCUCAGCCGGAAUAUUUAAGGGAACUGAGCUUGAAGAUGCAGAGCUGCUUGACGGAACGGUGUUCGUAAGAGUUGCUGCGUUGACGAUGGAUCGUCAUGGUUGGCUGAGGGAAGGUCAAGAGAAAGGUGGAUGGGAUCGUUCUGGUUUCUGGGAGUAGAUUGUGAGUGCAGAAAACG